AUGUCGCUCUCGCCGCGCUCUCAAGACAAUGCAGAUAUGACGAGCAAUGCUGAAUCGUAUCAAAUGAUCACAUGGCCGACCCUACCAGAACUACCUCGCCUUACAGGCACCACCAUACCCUGUUUUGGCCGUCGCUUCUACAUCUAUGGACCCUCGACUAUCCUCAAGCUUGGCACGGACGAUGGCGAGGCAGUGAUGACUGCUCUUGCUAACAAAAUUCUUGCCAAAGUCGUGCCCAAUGUGUCCGGGCUGGUUCGCAUUGCCAAUCCACCUCAUGAGCAAGGCGUGCUCCUAAAGCGUCAACCAGGUACUCCUCUUGUCGAGCUCUGGUCAACACUCGACCUCACAGACCAGGCUAAAGUCAUGAAAAGCCUUGUUGACUUGCUUGUUCGAAUGCGUGAAUCACGUGAAGAGCUCAACUAUUACGGCCGCCCAACUGGCCAGCUUUACGUUACCCCAUCCGAAUUUGGCCCACAUAAUGCUCACUCUUUCUGUUAUACAUACCAAGAAUGGAAUGCAUCUCGUGCGCAUGCGCUCCGCAAUUUUGCAGGGGAAAGUGGCAUAGACGAAGGUCGUAUACAAGAGCUGGAGCAGGUCCAGCAAGAGACAUCUGCAGGGAAGACGAGUCUUUCGGAGUUGCCCGUCCUAACGCACGGGGACUUGUCAGAUCGAAACAUUCUGAUCGACCCAUCUACACUCCAGGUAACAGGCCUUCUCGACUGGGAAUUGGCCAACGUUGCUCCUGCCUACUUUGAGUAUGCUUUGGCACGUCUCAGCGGCGGUCACGAUCCUCCCUGGCGCAAAGUGUUACUGGAAGUGCUACGCCAGGUUUCGCGCAUUGAAUGCGAUCGCGCACUCUCCGAGACAGAUCCCAAGCGCGACUUUACAGCUGGCGAGAAGGAGGACGUUUUCAAUGACGCGAUGGCUGCGUGGAACUCUCUGGUUAAUGUCGAAAGGUCUGCACAAGGUUAUUCAGAUGCCUGCUACUGGACUUUUUGA